AUGGCCUUCACAAGCCUUCACAUAAUGCAACAUCGUAUUAUCGCGAUAAAUAGCCUUCGGUUUCUCGGACUUUCGAAAAAGCCGGUCACGGUGCCCUCCAGGAUUUUCGUCCUUAUUAUCUUCACACCUAAUUCGUUGGACCAAAUGGGUGAUAUUCAGUAUUCUCUUGACCUUUUCAAACAUUUAGGACGUCGCUCAGUCUUACCCCUGGUUUCGAGCCCUAGUCUUACUGUACGGGUGCAAGCUGCAGUGACUGGCGACCUUCCUGAUCUGAAUAAUGUCCAAGGCGACGUGAUUUAUCUCUUUCCUAAAAAAGCCGAGAACUUCGUAUUCUUCAGGAUCAACAACGUAACAUCGUUCAGAACUGCUCUGCAAUCCUUCAAGCCAACAACUGCGGAAGACGUGAAAGACAAUCUUACCAAGAUUGCUUUUGCGAAGGCAAACGCCCGUGAUGCAAGUAGUGUCCUGACAGUCGACAUUGCGCAAUACCAGAUUGCAUUCACCCGUACCGGCAUGUAUUUCCUUGGCGUAAACGAGGAGACUGGAGAUACUAUGGGACCCUAUAUUGUCAAACCAAAACCUGAUCCGGUGAAUGGAUCAGUGCGCGAUGAUACUGGGGCUCUGCAUGGCGUCAUCACUGUCGCCGGAAGUAGCGCCGAGACUUGCACCAAAGCUUCAAACGACGUCAUAGACCUAUUUGGCUCAUCGAUAACGGGCAUGAGCAUUUCGGCUUUCAAGAUGGAGUCUCCCAACCUUGUCUACGGGGGUCUUGUUAUUCCUCGCCCUGGUCAGAUCCAAGUUGAUCCUGGAGUAAUUAUAAUGGGUUAUCCAGGCGAUCCUGUACGGGAUGAUCCGACUACCAAGCUCGAGCAAUCUGUCAUCUCUUUCGAGGAUUAUGUACAGAGGAAUGGACCUCGUUGGCGCGAGUUCAUUCCCGGAGGCAAUAUAUCUCCUCCACUCAACAAACAAGAAGCUGAAGAUCUCUUCGGGGCACGGCUUAUUGGGAGGUGGAAUCGGUACGAUUCGGGUGCACCCCUUGCUAAAUGCCCCUUCCGCGACAAUCAAGCUGUGGCACGCGACCCAGACCUCAACAAUGACUUUGACUACAUCGUUCGCGACAAUCCGAAUAUAUCACAGUAUGAACCUAGUGAUUACUACUGCCCAUUCACUGCACACACACGCAAGACCGCGCCGCGUAAUUUGAAUCCUUACAUCGAUGCUAAAUUCCUUGAAUCGGGUUCGAUCGUACGUGGAGGGCUUCCGUAUGGCGGUGAGGUUACUGAUCAAGAACGACGCGAUGUAGCAAACGGAAGCCCUGAAUUACCUCGCGGGCUUCUGUUCAAUUGCUAUAUGUCUAGCUUGGACUCAGGAUUCGUUCGUCAGACGAUCGGAUACGCGGGUAAUGAUUACUGGCCCAUAACAUCCCUGGUGCCACAGAAGAAGGGUCAGGACCCUGUCCUUGGUAGCCCUCCUGUGUAUACACCUGCUCAAAUCGAAGGCACAUCUCCCUCAGUACAAUCCGGGGAUAAAGUCAACCUACAACUCACCGGUGCGGAUGGUGCAACGUUCCAGGUAUCCGGAUUUGCUGAAGUUACCGUUAAGGGUGCGGCUCCACCACCCGUCGUUCGCAGAGACAUUGUUUUCCUCCUCGAUGCGACGGGUAGUAUGCAAGUCUAUAUCGAACAAGUGCGAGACACCAUCCAGUCGCUGUGCGAACGCCUUGUUGCGACUGGAAAAUGGUCAGGUGGCGAUUUAAGAUUUGGACUUAUAGCAUUCCGCGACCACCCCCCGCAAGAUUCCACGUACAUCACCCGCCAGUACCCUUUCGACUCUAACGUUUUGGCUGUCAAGGCGAAUCUGGCGAAUCUGCAAGCGGAUGGUGGUGGUGACGGACCCGAAGCUCAGUGUGAUGCGUUCGCUCGUGUCCUGAAUGCGGGAUGGAAGGACGAAGCCACCAAGGUCGCCAUACUUAUCACAGAUUCACCACCCCAUGGUAUAGGGGAGGACGAAGAUGGAUUCCCCGGUGGAUGUCCACUUCAGAACGACCCUGUGCGUCUUGUUAAUAGGAUGGCUAGGCUCGGCAUUACAUUGCAUGUGCUGGCGUGUGAACCCACGAUGAGCAUGGACUUUUCGACGCCCCUCGACUUCUACAAAGGCAUUGUUCAGAAGACAGGGGGGAGGUUCUUCCCCCUUUCUGACGUCAAUUCAUUGAUUGGGCUUUCAACCGGCAGUAUUUUAGAAAAUGCUGACAUUCGACGCCCUAGUUGUCAAAACAUACAGAUUGAAGUUUGCAACAUUAAGCUAAGGAGCAGAAAGCACAAAACAGGUGAUAUCAGCAAGGAUUUAUACGGCCGUUUGUCAUCUUCUUGCUCAGGUCAAACACCUCACUGUUUGAGGGAUAUAUACGCCGCGAAUGAGCAGGGUGACAAGAAUGUUCAAAUCUGGCUCAACGCAGAAAACAAAUCGACAACAAACACGACAUCCCCAGAUCAAAGAGGUUACUGGUUUCCGCCUCUCAAACGCGAGUACCGCCAGGGUUGGACACCGGCAAUGAGUUCAAAGAUACAGCCCGUUAGCCUCAAUCAGGUAUGCGAUUUCUCUCACUCUCCGGUGUCCAAGUGA